CCCGAGACUGCGGGCUGAUUUUGGCCUCCGCAAGGAGCUGGGGAAGGCCCUAUCCCAUUAAGGCAGCACAGGAGAAAGGAGAUCUGAGUUGCCGGGCGCCAAUUAUCCCCUUUUUUCAUCCUGGUGUUUGUCCGGUGAGCCUGACCGAUGUCGCGCGUGUCUGGUGCCGGGGGCGGCGCUGACCAGCCCGAAUGGAUGAGACUCGCACGUAGGCAGGAGGAGGGCCGGGAGGGAGGGAGGGAGGGACGGAGGGAGGGAGGGGGUGGUGACGUGAAUUCUGGUUUAUCUUUCUUCGUGUGUGGCCCAGAGGGCGUUGGCUCUGAGUACAUCAACGUUCCCAUACCAGGUGAAGCAAAGACGAGGGAGCCAUAGAGAGGAUGAGACGCCGUCAUCACAUUCAGGGACCAAAGAUCUCUCUUCAUGUGUGUGUGGUGUGUCUCAGGCCGUGUAGUUCACCGCAGCCGCUCACAGCCUCGAGAGGAGCCGGUGGGGCAGGGCCGAGCCAACGUGCCGCAGGAUCGCAGCGACAGCGCAGGAACUGCCCCACCCAGGGUGAUGAGGGAGGCAAAACCAGUAGAGCUGGAUACGGGCGCUGUGAAGCGGCUCGCAAACGAGGGCGUCAUCGUGGUCAGUACAGCCGAGGGAGGGAGACACGUGUCUCGCCUUCCACACGACCCCGCCUUGAUGUCUGUCUGUCUGUCUGUCUGUCUGUCGAUUGUCAGCAAUUGUGGCUGGAAGAGGAGCAGGUCUUCCACCGGUGCAAGCUGAACGUGUCCAGGGACUUCGACUUCAUCCUGUUCUCCGCAACCAAGGAAGGCGACCCUCUGCAGACCCCCAUAGAGCUGUCCACCGACAGGAUCCAGAUGGUUUACUACGGCGACAAAGCCCCCGGCCAUGUCGACGGCCGCGUAAACCUCACCCUCAUGCCGCCCCAUGCGAAGCCCAUCUUUAUCAAAAUCCGGGAGGGUGACGGCGCCCCCCUGUCAUUGUGGUUCAUGUACCUGACUCGGGCCGAACCGCAUGAAGUGCGCAAGACAGCCGAUGGAGUCAUGCACGCUGUGCUGAAGACUGCGGAAAUGGGCGGGCGCAUCACCGGGCCCAUGUUGGAAGAAUACGUGCGGUGAGCAAGGAGCUCGCUUUGGGCGAGUGACUCGGGAGCGUGCUCUGCUCUGUGUGUCUCCUUCUUCCUGUGCUGCAGCAACCGUCCUUUGCGCGAUUCGCUGCGCCCCGGGCCAGUGGAUCACCUGGAGCCGCCCGCCACGCCCGGAAGCCUCAGAAUCGUCAACCUGCAAGAAGUCAGCCGGCCAUCAAUAAGACACAUACAUCUGCAGAUGCGCAUGAUGUGAUGUCCUCGCUGGUAUACCAGAUAGUGGCAUUGUUCUCGGGGGGUCGGGGUGGUACCGAGGCAUCCCUCGGUGCCCCCGUCCUUCAGUUUGAGUUGACGCCCCCAGCUGGGGCGCCCACCGCGACGCCCGGGCCGCUCCUGCUGGACAUACCGCUGCGCAGCCUGCGGGACGUACCCAGGCCGCCGCAGAUCGAAGCCAUUGUCAGUCCAUCCACAGCCUGGAAAUUCGUGGAUGUGUCACACGCACACACGACCCUAUUUGUUCCCUGUGCGUGUGUGUGCAGGUACGUGACUUCAUGGUGAAGCACUUGCCGUCUCUCAUGGUGCUUUCCGACAACACCAUCACGGUGUCGCGAGUGAACGACGCGAUCGACGCAUACCUGAUGGCGGCUCACUACGAGAGUGUCGCUGUCGCCCUCAGUGUACUGUGAUCGAUUCAUCAAGGCUCUACUCUCUCUUCCUCCCUCCCUCAGGCCGCGUUGAACAACAUAAGCGAUGACGAUGAGGUGCUGGUCAGAGAGUUCCAUGGCAGGGACACCACACAGCUGGAGUAAGACGUCACGACACCCCCACCCUCUUUCCACCUGAACAAAGAUCCUGUCCUGUGCUGUGCUGUGCUGUGCUGUGUGUAUCGUCCAGCGAGUUUCAGAACCAGCUUCACAGCCUGUACAGCCACCUGGAAGGCAGCAUCCACCCUUUGAACGAACCCAGUAGCCGUCACCGGGUCAUGUACAUGGUGCGUCAAGUGCCCACCCCACCAGCCGACAGACAGACUGACUGACAGACAUCAGACGCCUUCACCAUACCUGCCUGACAUGGCUGGCUCCGUCUCCUUGUUGUCAGAUUCAGACGUUCAAGGAAGAGUUGGAGCUCGAGCUGCACAUGCGCCAGCAGCGGGAUCGCGAGCGGUGAGCCGAGCUGAACUGAAGUGGAAAGCAUCGACGCCACAUCUAUCUUUUCACUGACGCCCCCACCCAUUGAUUACAUGCAUAUUCCCCAAUAGUGCGUCGGCUGGGACCACCCGCGCACCGGCAGAUGAGGAAGAGGAGGCGGUGCAUCGCCAUGAGCGUGAGCUGGAGGCGCAGGAGCCUCCGGCGGACAGACGGGUCGGUCGGCUGCAUACGAUGGAGGGUACGACGCCAGACAGACAAGAAUGGGUGUGGCCAAUGUAACUGCUUGAGAUGGGGUGGUGGGGUGGAUGGUCUUGGUCUUGUUUGCAGAACACACCCGCCAGACCACGCCGCCCCGUGCGCGAGGUAUCAACUCUGUGCAUCCGUCAGAUCUAUCUCUCUCUUGGUGUGUCGGUCAAUGGGCCAAAUAUGAUAUGAUAUGCAGGUUUUGACGAUACACAGGUGUUGCGGCCCCGCGUGUCUCCCGAUCAACAGCCGUACACAGUGCAGAAAGGUCAGCCAGCCAGGCAGGCCAGAGAGAAACAGACAGACAGGAGAGGAGACACCACAACAACAUCUCUCUGCUUUUGUGCACCUACCUACAGAGUUUGGCCCGCCCAUGCCCAACCGCGACACGACCACGACCAACUUCACCCAGCUGCCCCGGGACGCCACCCCGCAGCAGCAGUACGUCCCCGACUUCAGUUUCGGCCCAGCUGCAGCGGCGCACGCCACCAUGGCUCCCGCCAUGGCCGUCGGCCGCCCGCCUCCCGGCCCAUCACGCUACCCUCAACUCCACCCUGUCGGCCAGCGGGGCGCACCCACCAUCCCGCCAGGCGGCGAGAAACUCAAGCAAGGGGUGGACGGCCGCGGGGAUGGGCGUGAGGGGGACCGUGGGGCAAUGGGGCGUCGCCAGCACGCCUACCAUGGCCCGGGAGACGAGGAUGAGGAGGUGGGGUCGCCUCACGACUGGCGGCAGCGGUCGGGCGGCCUGUUGACGCCGAGCGAUGAGCGGCAGCCACUAAGGGGCCGGUCGCGCCGUGUGUCGCCCACGACGUCGCGUGGGCGUCCCGAGGCGCAGUUGUCACGUCGCCAGCAGCCGGCGGCCAAGAAGCGGCCGCAAGAGCAGGAGCAGGAGCCACCUGGUAUCUGCGAGAGGCUGUUCGGCAGCCGCAACUGUGCGUGGUGUGCACAGCGAUGCCCACUCAUGUGAAGGGGGACAGAGACAGAGAGAAAGGGACACGGUUGACUGACUGACUGGCUGGUUGGCUAGCUGGCUGGAUUAUUGAGUGCCUGCGUGGAUGGAUGGUAGUGACUGGAUGAGUAGGAAGAGUGCGCUCGUCUUUUUCUUUUGUGCGGUCUGUCUGUCUGUCUGUCUGUCUGUCCGGCAUAGGGUGGACUGAGUCGCUUGGAGAGAAUGAUGAUUAUGGAAGGAUGGAUGGAGUGAGUGGAAUGGGAAGGAACACAAACUGAUUGAGACAGGGAACUGAUCGGUCAACUAGCGGAUUGGAACGUUCCCUCCAUAUCACGUAUGUAUCAUCUGAUACGUCUGUUCUGUUCGUUGGUCGGUCUAUACACACACACACACACACACGUGUGCAGACUGGCGCAGGCAGGCCGGGCUCGCCCC